AUGGACGAAGUUGGUUGGGAGUCGGCGGUUCCCAAUCUGGCGGGGCAGUUGGCGCCUAUAGAUUUCCGAAGAGGACUGAGGGGCGGUGGCAGUCAAGGUACUCUGCCCAGUAGGAAGUCUACGGUCAAUGAGGCGGGAACAGGUCUCACGACCACAACCGCUCAUACGGGUACUGAACGAUAUCUUGCACCGGAGCUCAUUGACUCCGAAACAUGUCGGCCAACUUGUGAAUCCGAUUUCAUAUUCCUGGUAAACCCAUAUCAACAUAGGAGAAGUAACCUACGCGGCCGUAUCAUUCGCGACAUUUUAAACGGAGAUCCUCCUGCAACAUUCCACGAAGAGAUGGACCCGAAUUACGAGUCAUUAUCUAUCAUUCUGCAACGGUUUUGGCACCAAAUACCUUCGAAACGUCCAGAUAUGACACAAUUUCUCUCCUGGCUCGAGCUUGUUGGCAUUGUUGGGUGUGCCGACGACCAUGUUCGACCGUUAGAGCAGUCAGAGUCACAUAUGGGCAUGACCGUUAGCAAAUCUCGAGAACAAAAGAGGGAAGAUAAAUGCUGCAAGGCGCUAGUACCAUCGUCGCGACUUCCCUUGAGCAUUCUCUGGGUGGCAACGCUAAAAGGCGAUUC